UUGCCUUUCUAUUAUUCAAAUAUAACAAGAACUGUGAUGUCCCAACUAUCUGGGGUCAGCUACUUGGAUCUUAUCUUGCCAGCAAGCUCAACAGCAAGCCUUUUCAUUCUACGAGUACAAAGCCGUGCAAUCCAAGCAGCAGCUCAUCCUCUCCCCCAAUUUGAGAUCUCCUCACAUGCCACCCCACUCGAACGCAGGCCAAAAGCCUCCCUCUCUCUCAUUCGACCCGACGGCAUCUGUCUUCUCACUCCUGCCAUGAGGCUUCUCCUCCUCCUUGGCAUCUUACUGCUGCCGACAGUGGCCUCGCCAUGUCAUUUCCCGGCCAUCUUCAAUUUCGGCGACUCCAACUCCGACACCGGCGGCCUGUCGGCCGCCUUCGGCCCCGUCCCCUGGCCCUACGGCGAGACCUUCUUCAAGAUGCCCGCCGGGAGGUACUCCGAUGGCCGCCUCAUCAUCGACUUCGCCGCCGAAAGCCUCGGGUUGCCGCACAUAAGCGCGUUUCUGGACUCGGUCGCCGCCAACUUCAGCCAUGGCGCCAACUUCGCCACUUCCCUGUCGACGAUCUUGCCGCAGAACGUCACGCUGGCUCGCGGCGGCUACAGUCCCUUCUCCUUGGACGUGCAGCUGAAGCAGUUCUUGCAGCUCAGGCACCGUUCUCGAGCAGUGUUCAGGCGAGGAGGAGUCUUCGGCCAUCUGAUGCCCAAAGAGGAAGACUUCGCCCGAGCGCUCUACAUGUUCGACAUCGGUCAGAAUGAUCUCACCGCGCUCUACUUCCAGAACGUGUCCGCAACGCCGUACCUCUCAGCUGCACUGAAGGAGCUCUCAAGAGUUGUGCAGAAGGUGUAUGAGAAAGGAGGGAGGUCGUUCUGGAUCCACAACACAGGCCCCUUGGGAUGUCUUCCCUAUGUGCUGGUCCGCGUGCCGCCGGCGGCCUCACGGUUCGACUCCUCCGGCUGCUCCAUCCUCUUCAACGCACUGGCCGAGCAAUUCAACACGAUGCUGAAUGAAACAGUAGCGCAGCUCCGGAAGCACCUCCCUCUCGCCUCCUUGAUCUUCACCGACAUCUACUCCGUCAAGUACUCCCUCUUCCGCCGCGCCGCGAUUUACGGAUUCGAGCGUCCGUUGCGAGCUUGCUGUGGCCACGGCGGCGGCGCGUACAACUUCGACGCUGACGUCUGGUGCGGCGACACGGCGGAGGUGGACGGCACGAGAGUCCUGCUGGGGAAGUCGUGCAGGAAGCCAUGGAAGAGGAUAGUUUGGGACGGAGCUCAUUACACUGAGGCUGCAAACAAGUGGGUAUUCCUUCACAUCUCCGGCGGGGAGUUCUCGCACCCUUCGGUUCCUCUGAGCAUGGCAUGUGGGAAGAAGACGCCCACAACAUAAUGCCUCUUUGUUUGCAUGGAUUUUGCUGCACCAUUGCAUGGCUUUGGUAGUCUUCUUCAGAAUAACGCUAUGAUUUCUUUUUCUUUCUUUCUUUCUUUCAUAGAUUCAUGGAUUAUUGUCAUAUUCACAAGACAAAAUUUUUUGUUGGUUUAGAUCAGAUUGGGUCCAUUUGAAUCCAAAAUGCCAUAUGGGAUGAUGAUGAAUUCAUGAAAUA